CCGGCUCUCCACUUGUAUGAUGCGGAAGCGUUGUUGUUUUGCUGUUUGCAAUAAAUCUUGCUGCUGUUCACUCAUUGGGUCUGCACUACGUGUAUGAGCUGUAACACUCACCAUGAAGGUCUGCAGCUUCACUCCUGAAGCUAGCGAGACCACAAACCCCCCGGGAGGAAGGAGCAACUCCAGACGCGCUAUCUUUAAAAGCUUUAACACGGCGAAGGUCUGCAGUUUCACUCCUGAAGUCAGUGAGACCAGGAAGUCACUGGGAGGAACGAACGACGUGCCACCUGUGAGAGCUGUAACACUCAUGGCGAAGGUCUACAAUUUCACUCCUGAAGUCAGUGAGACCAGGAACACACUGGGAGGAACGAACAACUCCCGAAGUGUCACCUGUGAGAGCUGUAACAGUCAGGGUGAAAGUCUAAAGCUUCACUCCUGAAGUCAGCAAGACCACAAACUCACCAGAAGGAAGAAACUCCGGACACAUCUGAACAUCUGAAGGAACAAACUCCAGACACACCAUCUUUAAGAACAGUAACACUCACCGCGAAGAUCUGCAGCUUCAUUCUUGAAGUCAGCGAGACCAAGAACCCACAGGAAGGAAUCAAUUCCGGACACAAUACAUUGUAGUACUAAGUGCUUGGGAUACACUACUGAAGAAGAUAAAGAUCCUUGCCCUCACAGAGCUUGAGUUCUACUAAACAAGUAAAUCCUAUACUAUGUUAGACGAUACUAAGUGCUAUGGAGAACAAAAAGGACAGCAAGUCUAUUUCCAGGGUAAACAAUUACUUCGUCACGCCGCUGCUUAGGGGCUUGGAGAACCUGCUUCUGAUGUGGGUCCAGGUUGAGGAACACUUCGCCACUUGAGAACGCAGCCCAGGACCGCGGAUGAGCGGAAGGAAAGCGCUUCAAUACUGUCAGAUCACUGGACUUCAGCUGCAGCAUAGCGGCCCACCCCGCCGCCAGCGUACGCUCAGCCCCUCCGCGCCGGCCAGGCAGCCACGCACGCGCAGUCCGUUCUCGCUAGCUCCUUCAGUCCCGGCCCGGCCCCGGGGCCCCGCCCCCGCAGGCCCCGCCCCGCUCCCGUGCGCUGAACGCCCCAUAUCCGGGUUCCCGCCGCCUCCACCGCCGCCGCCUCAGCCGCCUUGCACAUUUAGUCUUGCCGGGAGUGGUGUGAUUCCCGACCAAGAUGGCGGCCGUGGGGCGAGUCGGCUCCUUCGGUUCUUCUCCGCCGGGAUUAUCCUCGACUUACACUGGCGGCCCCUUGGGCAACGAGAUAGCGUCGGGCAACGGUGGCGCCGCGGCAGGCGACGACGAGGACGGGCAGAACCUUUGGUCCUGCAUCCUCAGCGAGGUCUCCACCCGCUCUCGCUCCAAGCUCCCUGCGGGGAAGAACGUGCUACUGCUGGGUGAAGAUGGAGCUGGAAAAACAAGCUUAAUAAGAAAAAUUCAGGGAAUAGAGGAGUAUAAGAAAGGAAGAGGAUUGGAAUAUUUGUACUUAAAUGUGCAUGAUGAAGACAGGGAUGAUCAAACAAGAUGUAAUGUAUGGAUCUUAGAUGGAGACCUAUAUCACAAAGGCCUCCUUAAAUUUUCACUGGAUGCCAUAUCUCUGAAGGAUACUCUAGUUAUGCUGGUUGUUGACAUGUCAAAGCCUUGGACUGCUUUGGAUUCUUUACAGAAAUGGGCAAGUGUUGUUAGAGAACAUGUUGACAAACUGAAAAUCCCUCCUGAAGAAAUGAAACAAAUGGAACAAAAGUUGAUUAGAGACUUCCAAGAAUAUGUAGAGCCAGGAGAAGACUUCCCGGCUUCUCCCCAGAGAAGAAAUACUGCGUCACAAGAAGACAAAGAUGACAGUGUAGUUUUACCUCUGGGUGCGGAUACACUUACACAUAACUUGGGCAUUCCAGUACUAGUAGUUUGCACAAAGUGUGAUGCCAUUAGUGUAUUGGAGAAAGAACAUGACUACAGAGAUGAACAUUUUGAUUUUAUUCAGUCACAUAUCCGGAAGUUUUGUUUACAGUAUGGUGCAGCACUUAUUUACACUUCAGUAAAAGAAAACAAAAAUAUAGACUUAGUAUAUAAAUACAUCGUUCAGAAACUGUAUGGAUUUCCCUAUAAGAUUCCUGCUGUUGUUGUGGAAAAGGAUGCAGUAUUUAUUCCAGCAGGGUGGGAUAAUGAUAAGAAAAUAGGAAUAUUACAUGAAAAUUUUCAAACACUAAAAGCAGAAGAUAAUUUUGAAGACAUCAUAACUAAACCACCUGUUCGAAAGUUUGUACAUGAGAAGGAAAUUAUGGCAGAAGAUGAUCAGGUGUUUCUUAUGAAGCUACAGUCCCUUUUAGCAAAGCAACCACCAACUGCAGCUGGAAGGCCUGUGGAUGCCUCACCAAGAGUCCCAGGAGGCUCCCCGCGAACACCAAAUAGAUCUGUAUCAUCUAAUGUUGCCAGCGUGUCACCCAUUCCUGCUGGGUCAAAAAAAAUUGAUCCAAACAUGAAAGCUGGAGCUACAAGUGAAGGCGUUCUGGCAAAUUUCUUCAACAGUUUGUUGAGUAAAAAGACUGGCUCUCCAGGAGGCCCUGGUGUGAGUAGUGGUAGCCCUGCAGGUGGGGCUGGAGGUGGAAGCAGUGGUUUACCACCAUCCGCCAAAAAGUCAGGCCAGAAGCCUGUCUUAGAUGUUCAUGCAGAACUAGACAGAAUUACACGAAAACCAGUUACAGUUUCUCCCACGACACCUACAUCUCCUACGGAAGGAGAAGCUUCUUGAAGAUACCAAAUAAAGCCAUUUAUUCAGUUUUCUGGGAUAAUGUAAACAUGCCUCUGCCUUUUCCUUCAAAAGUGGAAUUAGAAAGCUGGAGUGCUUCCUCAGAUGGACUAAAUUUAUGUCGUGUGUGUGUGUGUGUGGUUACCCAUUUUUUAGAAGGAGCUAUACAGAAGAAAAAUUAUUCCACAUUAUGUAGGAUUGCUGUUUGCAUUGCCAUUUUGCAUAAGAAAGUAUUUUUUGAUUUUGAAAAUCUCAAAACUUUUAGAUCUGAAAUACAACCAUGUGAUCGAUCAUAUUCUAAAGGCUAUUUAAAACAUGUAAAAGGAUUUAGGGGAAGGGCAGAAAACAUGCGAUUUGGGCAUUUGACUGACUUGGAAGUCUAAGCUUAUUUUAGUUACAACUAUUAAAAUCAUUUUUCAAAAUUUGUUAGUUUUGCUGACAGAAAAAUCGUCAGUUGUCAGAUUUUGCACACCAAAAUAAAUGUACCACCACACACGGAAUAUGCUAAGAAAACUAUCAGAUAGCGUUUGAUACAGUAGUCAUUGUCUCAAUCACCGAUCCUGUAAGUUGUCGUCAAAAUAUUAUUUAGAAAUAUUGGCCAAGGUGUUUCUUUAACUGAGAAGAAAAGAAAGCACACUGCCUAAAUGUGUAAAAGAAAAAUGCAGAGGUUAUUAAAAUGUAAAGAGGUAACAAUCUUUGGAUUUGUCUAUACAUAUAUAUAUAUAUAUGGCUUUGCCUUAAUAUACCCCCUUUUUUGUUUGUGACUUUCAACUGUAAUCAGUUAAUAAAGUAUUUAUUCUCUGCAUUCAGGUUCAAA